CAGUGCGCAUACCUUUUUUUCCAUCUGGUCAAGGUACGAGUAGGAACAUUUUUCCGCAGCCAGUCUCUUUCAGUUGUGUCUGAUGUAACGAGUUUUCUUUUCAGCAUUGCUGUAGUCAGUUUACUCUAUUUUCCGUGGAAAACCGCUAAAGCUAUCGAAGCUAAAGCAGUCAGUGGUGUAGAUGACGUCGUAGUCCAACAAGUUAAAACGUUUGCUUUGAGCUCUGAGGGCCGUAAUUUGUUAAGAGUAUGGUCAAACAUCAGGAAACACCAAUCACAGGUAAGGUAGGGCGGGCAAUCCCACAACGCACUUGGCAGCUCAACGCGAGACCUUGAACGUGGUCACGCGAGAUUGGGUGAUCUAAGGAAGAGCGGUAAGUUGCGGUGGUCCGUUAAUGCAGCAUCUUCGCCUUGUGUGCAUCUUGUAAAAGAUGGAAACUACGCGGAGGAAUGCACCUAAUGUUAAAGGUAUGUACUUUUCAGUUUAUUUGUUAUAUUCAGUCUAUGCAUUACUCAUAUAAGGCUUGCUAAAAGUGGUUAGCUGAGUGCUAACCACACCGAAACAAAUGAUGACCGUUAAGAAAAUUUUCAAACUUGAUAUGCGUAAGCCAGACACCGUACAAAUAUUUUACAUUGUGGUAUAAUAUUUUUUUUCCCCCAGGAGAAAGCAAUGACUGACGUCAAUAAAUAUCAGUAAUUUCUUUCUUCUUUUGUUCUCUUAAUUACUUCAGAACACAAGGAGAGGAAGUUUGCAGUUGUGCAGUGGAGUGAGGGAGAGGAUGCUGGGAAGCUUAGUGAAGUAAAAACUGAUAACAUACGGAGGUAUGACGACUCCAAGAUGGACCAACAUGGGAAUCCCAUUUCCACCUACUCAGCUAUUAUCGAGUGGCGCCAUGGGAAGAAACAGCCAGGAGGGUGGCCACACUACAGGGGCACUGUUGUUUUUGUCUGUGCUACUCGUUUUGAGGCAGCUCGUAAACUUAAUGCGUUACUGAGGGAAAAUGAACCAGCAGACCUGACCAAGAGGGCACCAGUCCACCCUAAAAACAAUCAGGAUGAUUCUGAUGACUCAGAUCCAGAUGACACUCAGAUUCUGUUGCAGCCUUUGCAAGUCAAGAAGUCAAAGGCUCUCACAAGGAAAGACCCUGCAAAGGAAUUCCUUGCAAUGUACAGUCAUUCACCGCUUUCAGUCACUGACUGUGACCAAAGUCCAAAAAAGGAUGAACUUAAGCGAGAGAUCCAAGACCUGAAAGAAGAGAAUGCCAAACUGAGGGAGUUGCUUGUAGAAGAUGUGCCCAAACUCAUGAAGACUAUGAAAAAUGUGAUUGAUUUAGCUGACCCUCUUAAGAGAUCAAGUUUUGAGCUCCCCCAGAGUUCUACACAGUCCAGGCCGGGUUCAUCAUCUGAUGAUUCACAGAUGCCCAUUUCCAAAUCUGUUCCAUCUGUCUCAUCAGAGUCUGUCACUCCAUCUACAAGAGAGUCCCAGUCGUCAAAGGUGGAGAUCCAUCCUGGGACAGGAGUCAUGAUCGAGAAACUGGCGUGGGCCUAUGCUAUUAAUGCAAAUUCUGCUACAGUCUUUGUGAGGCAUCUGCUCACAGCAGUAUUCCCAACAGAGACACUGCUGGUGAGCAAUCUUCGAGGGGGAAAACGAGGCAGAGGGGAUGCACGUUUACCUCUGGACAAAAAUAAAUUGGAGGCAAUCUACAGUGCAACUCUUGAGAGGUGGCCUGGGACCAAACCCUCCAGAAUUGGUGUCGCAAUCAAUGGCAAGAUCACAGAACUCCGAGCCAAAAGUAAAAAUGUCUCUGUCCCAGAAUCCCCUUAG